AUGGCCCGCCGCAUCCUCAUCGUCGGCGGUGGCAUCGGGGGUUGCACCGCGGCAAUCGCCCUCGCCCAGGCUGGGGCAGACGUCACUGUCUACGAGCAGGCGCACACGCUGCUGGAGAUUGGGGCCGGCAUCAACGUGCAAGCGGUCGGCGGCGCGCCUGACGGCAAAGCGGCCCGCUGUGUGGGCGACUCGCCCGGCCUGGAGCUGGCGUUGGACCGCUGCCUGGGCGCCCUCAGCUAUUCCCAGGCGCCGGUGCCAUCGGCGUCCACGUGUACGAUAAAGUCCCCGCCGUUGUGCGCGCUGCUGACGCCGCCCGCGUGGGCCGGCUUAGCGGCGCCUUUUUUGCUCGUGGGCUUCGCGAUCGGGGUGGCUACCCGCGUCCCACGGGUUCGGUGCAAGUGCUGGACCUCUCGCGGCACCGUGCGGUGCCUCUUCGAUCGGAACGAGCUGAUCCCUGUGCCGUAUUGCGACGAGUGCUUCAUCUUCGACCCGAUCUCGGCCGCGGAGCUCGCGGAGUUUGCGAGACGGGGCAAAAUGCUGGCGGCGGUGCACGGGAUUAAGGGCGCUGCCGCGACGGCGCCCGACACCGUCUGGAGGGUGGCCGACCCUGCGCACGAGGCCUUCGCCUCCGCGGCCCCCGAGGCCGCGAUCGCCGACCGACCCGCCUGCUUCGUGGCGCGCGACGGCAGCGGCCUCGCGCUGGUGGAUCGACGCUGGGCGCACGCCGAGGCGGUCGAGGCCGGUCGCGAGGAGGCUUGGCGUCUGGAGCAGGAGGACGCCCUCAAUUCGAAGAUCGAGCACUUCCCGUUCUCGGGGCCCCGCGUGGCGGUCGAGUUCCUGCAGGGCCUCCGCGCCCAGGGUCAGUCUCUCACGACCCACCGCGAGUGGGCGCGGAAGUCGGGCGUCAACGUGCACGGCGCCGCCGCCCGCGAGCACUUCUUCUUGUCUGAGGUGCUCCGCUGGCAGGUGCAGUUCGACCAGCUGGACGUCUCGAUGCUGGUGCCCGACUUCACGGGCCUCGACGUCUCGAUGAGUGCGUCCACCGACGAGAGCGGCGCGGCCACGACGGCGGUUUUCUCACAGCGGGUGGCGGACCGUCAGAAGGACCAGGAAGCCCCGCUUGAGCUUCUCAAGACCAACGACAUGUAUGACGCCUCGGUCUUCGACGCCGACUGCUUGAAGAUCUGGGAGCGCCCGACCAGUCCCAUGCCGCUGGAGUCGGUGCUGACGGGCUUCGGCCUCGCGCAGUACCUGGAGCCCGACCUGCUGGCGCGCGGGCUGGGCGGGCUGCGGACCUCCAUCCGCGCCCGCAUCGCGCCGUUCUUCCGCGCCAAGAAGGACGGCUCGCAGCGCGUGAUCGUCGAUGCCCGCGAGGCCAACCAGCUCAUGCAGGAGCCCCCCCGCGCGCAGCUCGGGGGCCCAGGUUUCUACCAGCGCCGCGCCAAGCGGCUCGGACGGCGGUUCGGCGUUGAGUUUGGUUCCGCGGCCCGCGAGCGGGGCGUCGCCCCGUGCUGCGAAGAGGGCGCCGAGAAGGAGCUCCUCGUCGGUGGCGACACCGCCCUGCACUUUGUCAUGGAGGUGCACUCCAUGGGCUUCAGCUGGGCCCUCUACAUCUGCCAGUCGAUCAGGGGGGGCGCGGCGUUCUCGGCGGCGGGCCCGCGGGCCAUGGCUCCAGGUCGCCCCCCGCUACCGCUGGGCGGCCUGCUGCGCGAGGGCGCUCCCGCGCCGCCCGCGCCUUUGGUCUCUCCGGGGCGUCCCGCGUUCUCGGUGCACGUCGACAACGGCGCGGUGAUGUGCUUCAACCGCGACGACGCGCAGCGCGGCGUGGACCGCCUCGCGCGGCUGGAGAAGAUGGGCUUCAUUGUCCACGACGUCGAACCCGCCCAGACCGAGGUCACCCACGCCGGCAUGCGCUUCCUGGGCGGGUUCCAGCGCCAGCUGCUGCCCACCGAGAAGUACACUUGGCGACUCUACCUGGCUAUCGAGCGGCUGCUGCAGCAGGGCGGCUGUCACGGUGUCGCGCUGGGGCGCGUCGUCGGGCACGUCGGGAAUCACUUCCUCCUGAUGGCGCGGGGCUCGUCUGCCUUGGACCACUGCUAUCGCUUCUUGCAGCGCCGUGGCCGUCGCGCGCGGGGCCGGUUCAGCGAUGGCCUCGAUGCCGAGUUGCGCGUCCUGCAGGGCCUCGUGGAGCUCGUCGACGUGGACCUCGCAGUUCACGAUCGAGGAGGCCAACCUCGCGAGAACCGCGUUGCGGCGUGCGCCCCGCACCUGGCCGCCGAGUUCGGGUCGCUCGGCCUGGACAUCGCCGGCGUCGCGGCGCAGGCAGGCCCGCCUCGCGCGGGGCCCCUUUCCCUGCCCCGCCGGCGCCGGGCGCCCUGCCGCGUGGUUGAGGCCUCGGACGCAUUCCACUCGCUGGACGACGCCUGGGCUGACCCCGACCGCUGGCUCAACAUCGCGAAGGGCGGCUGGGCCUGCCACAGCGCCAUUCACCUGAUGGAGGCGGCGGCCAUCGCGAUCGGCGCCGAGAUCGCCGGGCACCUCGGGCGCAUCGAGAGCGCGCGCAACUGCACAGACUACGACUCCCGAGCUGCUGACCGUGGAGAGGCUAGCUACGCGAUGGGGAUCUUGGGGCGCGCUGUACGACCAGAAGCACAGCGCGUCACGAACCCCUCGCUCCAGCCGAUGCUCUUCGUGCCGCGCGGGACGUCCGCGUCGCCCGAAGUGGCCUGGCGCGCCAACCUUGCGGGCGCCUGCCCUCCAGGCCUGUGCCGCGCUUGGGCCGCCAUGGCCGCUGGGGCGGCGCCCCGCGGCGCACGGCUCGGCUCGGCCGAGGGCGGCGACGCAGCGUGGCGCGGCCAGUGGCACGCUGCGCUACUGCGGGCCGCUGGGCUCGGCGCCGGCCCCCAUCGGGCUCGGCCGCCGGCCGAGCGAGCCCCGAGGGCGGCCGCCCGCGCCGCCCGCGCGGGCGCGCGGCAGGCGGCGGCGAUAACGACCCCAGCCCGGGCGUCUGCCUCGCGCCAGCGCCACCUGAAGACCGAGAGCGCCACGGCUAGGACCGCCACCGCCUACGAGAAUUGGCAUCGAAGCGCGGUCCGCUCUUGCGGCCGAGCGCUGCCGACCGACCUCGCGAAGCUCAAUGGGAUCCUGGAGGCGUCCAUCACGGAGCUGUACUUCGACGGCGAGGCCGUCAGCUCCGGUCCCAUGACGCUGGCGGCGGUCGCAUUCAGCCCCAACCUCAGCUUCGGAGGCAAGGGCGUCCUGCCUCGCGCCAAGCGCGCCCGCGGCUGGCGCAAGGGGGGGCCCGAGCAGGGCGACGACGGGCUGGUCGCAUCUCGAGCGGCGGUGCCGAUGCAGGACGGGCACUUCCGGCCCUCGGAGGUGCUCAACAUCAGGCGCGCUGAUUUAGCCGACGUUUCCGCUCGGGGCCCGCUGGCAGUCACGGUAGCUCCAGCUGCGCCUCGGUCGCCCGACGAGGAGGGACAGGCGACGCCGCCCGCGAACACGGGCAAAUACGACGACGCCGCGCUGAUCCACGACGCCGUCUCCGUGGCAGCGGGCCGCGUGUACUUCCGCAAGCUCGUGGCGUCGCUGCUGGCCGCUGUAGGGACCUCGGGUUCCUCCGAGCUUUUCCCGAGCCUGACGCUCGCGAAGUUCGAGCGCCUCGUCGGGGGCGCCGCGGCCGACGCCGGCCCGGCGGAGCUCCACCUCACGCCUCGCAUGCUUCGCCACGGCGGCCCGAGCGAGGACGCGCUCGGCCGCCACCGCUCCCUGGCGGAGGUGCAGGAGCCUGACCCUCGCAAUGGCGGAACACCGCAGCUUCCACCGCUGUUCGUCCGUCGUGCCAUCGGCGUGCUGGACCGCCUGGGCGUCACCGUUGAGAGGCUCAAGGACCCAGUGCUGGCAGAUGGCAUAGAGACGAGCAAGAUCGAGUACUUCACGGUCGACGGUGUGCUGAUCGCCGACGAGCCAUGUGGGCUCGCGAAGGGCGACGCACACCCGCAGUUCUCGCUGCACCGGGCCAAGUUCCACAACCUACUGCUCGCGAGAGCCAGGGAGUUGCUGGGCGAGGACCGCGUCAUCCUCGACCGCGGCUUCGUCGGCAUGGACCGCGCCGACGAUGGCACGGUGACCGUGCAGUUCCAGACGAGAAGUGGAGAGAUGGUGCCGCCGGUGUCGUGUGACUUGUUGGUCGGCGCGGACGGCCUGAAGAGCCGUGUGCGGGCGCAGCUGCUGGGCGACGGCCUGCCCAAGUACACGGGCAAGACGAUCUUCCGGGGGCUCUGCGAGGUGGACGCCCCCAUCGGCAACGGCACGACGGUCGAAUUGUGCGGGAACGCGCAGGGGGCCUUCAUCUGCUAUCCGAUCAGCGAGGGCAUUCAGGGGCAACGCGGGGUCGAGAGUUGGACCAGCCUGGCCGACGUGGCCGAUAUCCAGGACGAGCUCUCUGCCCUGGGCAGCAACGUCUUCGGUGGCCUCACGCCCCUGCAGAUAGCCCAGAAGACGGGUGCCACGCAGGCCAUCAUGGAUGCUGAGGCUCUUGGAGAGGCCUACAAGAAAGCGGCUUCGGAGGGCACCGGUGUCAGGGGCACCGUCAAGCUUUACUCGGAUAUGCGCUGCGCUGUUUCUGGAAAGGUGGUGAUCGCCAACCGGGACAUGGGUUCCACCGCGGUGCUCCGGGAGGUGGAGAAAAAGUGCGCAGGUAUGUCCAGGGAACAAAAGGAGGAAUGGAUUGGCAGCCACGGUCGCCAACUAUUCGAGGACGUCAUUCAAAGCUACAGGGCCUCCAUGCCCAAGAGCGUGAGCGCCGUGCCGGCGAGCAAAUGA